AACAGUAAGUUGUUUUGUGUUGUGUGUGAAGAAGACGAGACAACUGGUGGACUGGAACUGAGUAACUGAGAGAAGGGUGAGAAGGAGAAGGAGAAGGUGAAGGAACGGUGGACGACGAGACGAGGAACGAGAAAGUUUGUGAAUUAAAUUUGUCUUGUCCUGUUUGAUUGUUCGAUUGUUGCAUUGUUGGCUGAAGAUUUAAAAUACUACAUUCUUCAAAUGGCGUCACGAGGAGGAGGACGUGCCCGAGGGAGGGCAAAGCUACCACCACAAGCAGCACCUCAACCUACCCCAGCUGCACCACUACCUCAUGAAUCUUCAUCGGGACGAGCAUCUCACCGGGGUGCGGGACGACCACAAGAUGACACACCACUUGUCCAACGUAUGGGACGAAUGCAGAUGGAGGAGAGCGGAAAUGGGAAUGGCUCAGGAAACGGUGCUCCUGUGGGCCGAGGAAAUAUGAGAGGGAAGAGACAGAUUUAUGUAGAUACCUUAAGAACCCGCCCAGAAACCUUGGUAUCUAAAAAAGGCACAACGGGACAACCCAUCAAGCUGCAAGCUAAUUACUUUAGCUUGGUUAACAAGCCUGAUUGGUGUUUGCACCAGUUUAGAGUUGAUUUUAAACCAAACAUCGACCUAACAUCCGAAAGAAAAAGUUUGUUGAGGGUUCAACACAAGAAUAUCGGUUGCCAGUACAUUUUCGAUGGAACUGUGAUGUAUUCAAGUUCUCGAGUUGGAAACCUGAUGAAAAUCGGAGACGAAAAAGAGUAUUUCUCUGAAAGAGCUGAUGGAUCUGGACAAGUAACAAUUGUCGUCAAAUUGGUCGGUGAAUUGCUUGUUGGAGAUGCGCAUUACUUGCAAUUUUUCAACAUUCUAGCACGAAAGUGUUUCGUAAUGUUGGGUCUGAAACUGAUCAACAGAGAUUUCUUCGACCCUGUGGCCAAGAGAAAUGUGCCGGAGUAUGCCCUGGAAAUCUGGCCAGGAUAUAAGACAACAAUAAGACAACACGAAAACCAAGUCUUAAUGUGUUCGGAAAUUAUCCAUAAGGUCUUGAGAACUGACACGGUUUGGGACCUGUUAUGUUCUAUAGUACAGAACAACCCACGUGAUUACAGGGCUGAAUUCACUAGAGUUGUCAUGGGUACCAUAGUAUUGACAGGCUAUAACAAUAAGACAUACACAAUCACAGAUGUGGACUGGGAUCAGGGGCCUGACUCCACAUUUGACAAGAAUGGGGUGCAAGUCUCCUACAUGAAUUACUACCGUGAGAGGUAUAACGUCCAAAUCCGUAAUGUGAAGAACCAGCCAUUGUUGGUGUCAAAGAACCGCGGAAGGGAUCGUCGCGCGGCUGAGCUGACAGGAGCAGGUGCUGGGGGAGAUCCCAACAUCGUCUUGCUCAUCCCGGAACUUUGUCAAACCACUGGACUAACAGAUGAAAUGAGAUCCAAUUUUCAUCUUAUGAAAGCAAUGUCAACUCACACAAGGAUUGGUCCUGCAGACCGCAUUGACCGCCUCUUGGUUAUGAAUAGGCGGCUGAACAGUGAAAAGCGGGUCCAGCAAGAAUUCCAGGAAUGGAAUUUAAAACUAAAUGAUCGCCUGGUGGAGAUCCCUGGUAGAGUUUUACCACCGGAAGGAAUUGUACUUGGAAACAAUAUGACAGUGCCGUCAGGGGACGAGGCGGAUUGGACAAAAUCUCUGAGGUCAAACCCCAUGUUUGUAAUGCCUCAAGGUGGUUUGAGUCGUUGGGCCAUCAUAGUUCCGUCCCGCAGCGUUCACGAUGGCCGAUCAUUUGUUGACACCCUCAAACAAGCUGCAAGGGGGAUGAAGUUUAUGAUGAGUGAUCCGAUAUGGUUGGAAAUGCCCGAUGACAAGACGCAGACUUACGUGAAUUACCUGGAUCAGUGUAUAACGCGCGACGCCCCGCAGCUGAUCUUUGUGGUUCUGACUAACAAUAGAGCAGAUAGAUACUCUGCUAUUAAAAAGAAAUCUUUGGUGGACCGAGCAGUGCCAACGCAGGUCUUGCUGGCGAAAAAUAUGACCAAAAAAGGUGUCAUGAGCAUCGCCACCAAAGUAGCGAUUCAAAUUAACUGCAAGAUAGGCGGAGCGCCUUGGUCUGUCCAGAUGCCACUGGGGGGACUGAUGGUCAUCGGCUUUGACGUGUGCCAUGACUCGAAACAGAAGGGGAAGUCCUUCGGGGCAAUGGUUGCAUCCCUUAAUAAGCCGAUGAGUCGGUACUUCUCUGCCGUCUCUCAUCAUGGUACCGGCGAGGAGCUUUCUAACGACUUAGCUCUCAACAUCAUCAAGGCCCUUGAGUCAUACAGAAAAUACAAUAAAACCUUCCCUUCACACAUCCUAAUCUACAGGGAUGGCGUUGGAGACGGUCAAAUACCGUAUGUCUUUGAACACGAGGUCGUCCGAAUUAAUCGUGCCAUCAGUGAGGUCAUUGGCCAGGCUCCAAAGCUUUCUUUUGUCAUCGUUUCAAAGCGUAUAAACACCAGGCUGUUCGCUAACAAAAUGAACCCUCGGCCUGGAACUGUUGUGGACGAUGUAAUCACCCUGCCAGAAAGGUACGACUUUUUCAUUGUAUCACAGUUUGUAAACCAAGGAACUGUAAGCCCAACAAGUUAUAAUGUCAUUCACGAUACUAUGGGCCUGGACGCUGACAAAUUACAACGGCUUACAUACAAGAUGACUCAUAUGUACUACAAUUGGAGUGGUACAGUCCGAGUGCCUGCGCCUGUGCAGUAUGCACACAAGCUGGCCUUUCUGGUUAGUCAGAACCUUCAUCGUCCGCCGAACCCCAGUUUGGAGGAAUUGCUAUACUUCCUGUAAACUGAAAUGUCUUUAGAAGUGACUUAAAAAGUGAAAUGUGUAUUGUUUUUACACAGAAAAAAAGUCUGCAAUUGUGUUCAUAUCAGUACAAUUAAUGAUUACCAUUGCAACAUGGGUGAUUUCUACAUUUUACUUUUCAUAGGUAUUUGUUCACUUUUCUUGUACCAAAGUUUGUAAAAGUUGUUUGUUGUUAAUGAAUGUUAAAUUUUAUAUAAUAUUUAUAUAGAUGUUUUUGAUUGCUGCAUUUAGUGUAAAAGCUAUUUUAAAUAGGCCUAUUGAACAAAAGUGUUAAAUAGUUUGUUUUAGAUGGAUGAAGGUUAGAUUUAUAAUUAUAUUUAUAAAGGGUUAAGGUUAAAGCACAUUCAUGAUUGUUUUUACACAGAAAAAAAGUCUGCAAUUGUGUUCAUAUCAGUACAAUUAAUGAUUACCAUUGGAACAUGGAUGAUUUCUACAUUUUACUUUUCAUAGGUAUUUGUUCACUUUUCUUGUACCAAAGUUUGUAAAAGUUGUUUGUUGUUAAUGAAUGUUAAAUUUUAUAUAAUAUUUAUAUAGAUGUUUUUGAUUGCUGCAUUUAGUGUAAAAGCUAUUUUAAAUAGGCCUAUUGAACAAAAGUGUUAAAUAGUUUGUUUUAGAUGGAUGGAGGUUAGAUUUAUAAUUAUAUUUAUAAAGGGUUAAGGUUAAAGCACAUUCAUGAUAAUGUAAUACCUUCUUUUGUAUACAUGACAUAUUUUUAUACUUCUUGACUGACUGUUCAAAAUAAGUGUUUUGUAAAGAGAAACUAAUUUUAAUAAAAUUGUUCUUUAUAAACUUUA